CGAACGUAAGUAUAGAUUUAUUGAUUUAUUGCUACAUUCGCAGUAAAGAUCAGCCUUUGUGUUUCCAUCAUCAUUUAUGUAUGAUUGUAAUGACGUUGUUUGAUAUUAGGACUAGCAGUAAAACUUUAUAUUCUGUAAAAAAAGGCUAUUUUAUUUCCAGCGCCGCCUCCCAGAAUGCUUUGCAUGGGGACGUGCGUCUGACGUCACGUAUACAGAAAAUUCAAAAUGGCUGCACGCGGUAGGUGAGGCCCGAGCGAAGAAAAGUGGAAAAGAGAGUUAUUCGUCAAAAAACCCACACGACGACGGUCAUUUUUUCGCCGUGCUAUUGUAAAAUUGUCUUUUAUCUGUGUUUUGUGUUCCGGGGGACCCCGACUCCAGAAUGUGAAAGUUUCCCGCGUGAAGCCGUGGAGCUCGAGAUCCUGUUUACUGUGGACUAGCUGUGUGUGACGCCAUGUUGUUUUUGUUUACAUUAAAAAAAAAAGCUCCACCGUCUCGCCGAGUGCCAGCAAGAGUCAUGAGUACUUGUCAACUCGACUCCUCAACUGGAGAUAACUUUCUAGCACCUCACCAUGGGGAAGGUUGUAUUCAUAUGCCUUCACCAGCACCUGCAUUAAACAUGCAGAGAGUUACACAAGUUCUUACCACCUUGGGGCACCAUUCAGGGUGCCUUUUCAUCUGAUUAAAUUUAUAAUGAACAGGGACAUUGCGGUUGUCCCAAGUGGAUGGUAUGAUGAUAGGAUGGUUUUUUGGCCCAGCUAUAAAAACACCAACAGAAUUGAAAGGGCCGCUUUAAAUGAGGAGCAGCAUGAGCCAAACUGGCCAAGAUUUGACGUUUCUGUUGUCCGAACUUGUGACAACUACAAAGACGCAUUAAAAAUAAUGCAACAAUAUGGAAAGGGCUGCAACACCUCAGACCUGCAAUCUGAGGCAGAGAACGAGGAGCUGCCAGAAAAAAGGAACAGGAAGCCAGUCCAUCGUCUCGGGGACUCAGAUGAUAGCGAAGAAGACCCGGGAAAUAGUGACCUCACAUCUCUGGGGUUGGCAAGCCAAUUGCACAGGCAGACUCCACCGUCUCGCCGAGUGCCAGCAAGAGUCAUGAGUACUUGUCAACUCGACUCCUCAACUGGAGAUAACUUUCUAGCACCUCACCAUGGGGAAGGACGCAUUCAUAUGCCUUCACCAGCACCUGCAUUAAACAUGCAGAGAGUUACACAAGGAACGGCAGUCCCUCCUCGACUCCCUCCACCUCCCUCACCAGCAGCCCUCAACAUGUGGCAGACAUCGGAGCCUGGAUCCAGCCUGGCCUACAGGCCAACAUGGCGAGGGGAAAGAAUGGCCGACAACAUUUCCUGCUCUGCGCCUGAGGUAAUCCAGAUCCUUAGCCUGCUGGAAACUAUUAAGCACAACCAAGACCAGCUGAUUGCGAAGGUGCUGUGAGUAAAAAUGUGUUGACAAGGUCAGCCACGGACGCUGAGGUCACCAAACACGCCAUCAGGUGGUUCAACUUGGCGGGGGAUCGGGCAACGAGGAGACGAGUCCCGCUUCCACCUCCUCAGGAGGAAUAGAGAUGUAUAUGUAUAAAUAAACAACCUUUUAUUGGACUUCUUGUCAUUCACCAGUUAUUCAUUUUCUGAUAUGUUAGCUGUGCAUGGAGCAGCGUUUCCUUGAAGUUGUAGCCUAAUAGAUUAAAUAUGUAUAUUUACUUUUUAAAUAUAUAUUAUAUAUAUUUACUUUAUAGAGUGAAUUGACCAUUUUCUGUUUCUGCCUAUU